UACAGGAGAUGACCAGAGACUGCAGACACAGUACAGGAGAUGACCAGAGACUGCGGACACAGUACAGGAGAUGACCAGAGAGACUGCGGACGUAGUACAGGGGAUGACCAGAGACUGCAGACAACAGUACAGGGGAUGACCAGGGACUGCCGACAGUACAGGAGAUGACCAGAGACUGCGGACAUAGUACAGGAGAUGACCAGAGACUGUAGACAGUACAGGAGAUGACCAGAGAAUGCAGACAGUACAGGAGAUGACCACAGACUGCAGACAGUACAGGAGAUGACCAGAGACUGCAGACAGUACAGG